AUGGCAUUUUGGAAUAAAUCAACAACCUCAGAGGGUACGGACUCACUUGCACCAUCUUCUGCCACAGACUCUGCAGUUUCAGCACAAGCACAAAAAAUAAAGAGUGAUAUACAAGCACUGAUCAGCCAAGAACUCGCCGCAGCCAAUGCACAAGAGUUGGUAAGAACAAUCUCAGAGAAUUGUUUUGAGAAAUGCAUUACGCAACCAAAGGGAUUCCUUGAUGCAGAAGAAAAUGCAUGUAUUGAUCAAUGUAGAGAGAAAUAUAUGAGGUCUUGGAAUGUAGUGUCUCGCGCAUACAUCAAUAGGAUUCAAGAACAACAACUGUUUGCCAGAUAA